GAAUUAGAUUCAUUAGCGGAUUUGACGCAAAAUUUUGUUGGACUACAUAAUUUGUCAAAUGUACUUAAGUUUCUCCGCGAGAAACCCGAACAAAUUUCAGGAUUCUCAUCAGAUUCUUGGCCAUCUUGUAAAAUCAUUCACGAAACUUUCUGUAAAAAACUUCAAAAAGUUUACCCUGGAUUGUUAGAGAAACUUGAACCAAGUAAUGAUUCAUAUAAAGAUAACAAGUCAUCCAUAUGGGAACAAAUCAAAAAAUCUGAUGAUGCAGAAAAAGGAUUUACGUUUAAUUUUUCUAAUGACGAAUAA